UUGGAUGCCAAUCGCCGCUAAAUCUCAUCGAAGAAGAAGGGUUGUUCUCGAGCUAGCCACGCACGAUAUUCUGUUGCUGGUAGAUAUAGGGAGCUGAUUUUGUUUCAGUUUAUAAUAAACAAAGCCUUGAUAAGAAACACCGUAGACAUGGCAGAGGCGAUUCAGAAGAAAUUACAAUCUGAGCUAGAAAAAUACCAGCAGAUGCAAAAAGAUGUUAGUAAGAGCAUGUCAGCCAGGCAGAAACUGGAGGCUCAGGUGACAGAGAAUAAUAUAGUCAAAGAGGAGUUGGACUUGUUGGACACCCAGAACACAGUUUAUAAGCUUAUAGGUCCAGUUCUGGUGAAGCAAGACUUGGAGGAAGCCAAAGCCACAGUGGCAAAGAGGCUAGAAUACAUAAAUGGGGAGAUUCAAAGAUAUGAGACUCUACUAAAGGACAUGGAGAAGAAGUCUGAUCAGCACCGUGAGGUCCUGUCUAGUCUGCAGCAAGAGUACCAGAGGGCUCAGGGCCUGGCUGUGGGCAAGGUCUGACCAACAGAUGGCAUGGACGCACACGCACACACAUACAGGGAGAAAGAAAAGCACUGAAUCCAGCCGCAGAGCUUUGCUACUCACCCAACAAUGUCGCCAUAAAUCCAAUGACUUAUUGUCCUUUGUACUUAUUGUAUGCAGCUGCUUGUUAGUGUGACUUCUGUUGCUGUUAUUAGAAUAAAUACAUUGUUUUUCUUUUUGUGAUCAAA